CAUCGACUGCUUGUCUUUUCUCACUGUCAACCACACUCGCUUUACCAGCUUUUCAACCACACUCUUUACAAGUCUCAACAUGUUCUCCCGUGUCUUCGCCAUUGCUUCCCUCGCUGCUCUCGCCGUCGCCGGCCCCCUCGUCGCACGCGACAGCAGCCAGUGCAACACGGGUCCCAUCCAGUGCUGCCAACAGGUCCAACAGGCAUCCGACUUCGACUCCAUCUUCCAAGAACUUGGUAUCGCUAACGUCUUCGCCGGUAUCACCGGCCAGAUUGGUACCUCAUGUACCCCUAUCACCGUGGUUGGUACUGGCAGCGGUGCUCAAUGCAAUGCCCAGACCGUUUGCUGCAGCGGCAACCAAUGGGGCGGCCUCGUCAACGUUGGCUGCAUGCCCAUCAACGUCAACGCCUAA